UACAGCCUAUAUAUAUACAACGAUUAAGCGGAUAGAAAGAAGCUAUAGAAAGAUUCCAGUGUUGUGAACUUGCAGCCUUCAUGUGUCACGUGAUCUCGUGCAAGUCCUCGUUGGAGAUCAAAAUACGUUCAUGUGUCGCGGAGACCACUCUCUCAGGUCGCGAGUUUCUUCGUACAUCGAUGUCCAGUCUCUCUACCGAACUGAGCAGGUGGUGCAACUGUAUCAAGUUCUGAGACUUUAAACUCAAAUAUGGGAUCUGAAGCCCCAAACACUACUGUGGCACUCCCCUGUCCCGAUGAUGUUCCUUUCUCAGAGACCUACUUCGCCGAAAUGUCUACCGGGGAAGUGGCGGCACUUGCAGUUGGUGCAGUGGUUACUGUAGCUAAUGUCAUCCUGUUUCUGGAAAGCACCUGGUUUAUAGUCCAACACUUCUUCGAAAAGAAAACAAAGGUUCUGUCCAUAUGGAUGAUUUGCCUACCAACAGUGUUUGCAGUGACAGCCCUGAUAGCUGUGUGUAUACCGCGAUCCGCCUUGCUGUCGGAUCUGGUGGCGGCCAUCUACCUGUCCCGCUGUAUCCAGAUGUUCCUCUUUCUGCUGAUCCACUACCAUGGAGGGGAGCAAGCUCUCAUCGAUCACAUGUCAGGGGAGACAAUAAACCUGCGCAGCCCUCCCGUGGCUUGCUGCUGCGUCUGCUGUCCCAAGAUAGCUGUCAAUGAGAAGAACCUCUUCAGAAUCAAGAUGUCUGUUUUACAAUUUGCCAUAGCUAGACCUAUCUUGGUGUUUCUGGCUGCUGUGUUGUGGACUGAUGGCAAAUAUGUGAAGGGAAAGAUGAGGCCAAACCAGGCCUCCUUGUACAUAAGUGUGUUGACUGGUGUGUCGACACUUGUAGCCAUGUACGGCUUGAUCCUUGUAUUCAGAGCGUCCAGGAAACACCUAAAGGUGUUCAACAUUGUCCCAAAGUUCAUCUGCAUGCAGCUGGUGCUUGUCGUCAGUGGCCUGCAGGGUGUUGUCUUCAAUACUUUGGCUAACAACAAUCUUCCUCCUUGUACACAAGUGCUGUCUUCUGCUGCACGAGGCAAUGUUUGGAACCAUCUGAUUAUCAUUGUGGAAAUGUUCUUGCUAGCGCUGCUUGCUCGGCGCUUUUAUCGCAGGAUAGAUGGAUCACUGAUCAUCGCAGAUGUUGACGUUAUGUGCCCAGAGGACAAAGACAAAGCACAGAAGAACGAGAAUUCUUCCUUGAACAAUGAAACCAACAUAUCGAAAUACACCAGCAGUGGAAAGGAAUUGGAGGAAAGCAUUCAUUACAUGUAGACGUUGAUGGGUGUGAACACAGGAACCGAUACAUUUCAGACUGAUGGCAAGAGCGAACUGGGAUGCAGGAUACAGAAGAGUGUUUCACAAAAUGCGUAUAGUAACUACUUUAACUUAAGACUCAAACAGUCAUAGCGCAAGGAUCGCUUUGUGAAACGGUCCAGGGCUAUGGAACUUGUUGGCUUUGGGAUUCACAGUCACUA